UCCAAAACAGGGAGCUGCACUGAGUGCUCGAGAAAAGUCGAGAGAAUUCUAGAUGAAGCAAAGGACAUGGCCGGAUCGAUCCGACGGCUCUCCCUUCACCGCCCUUCCGUUAUUCAAAUCCGGCGAUCGGAACGGGAAGAUCAAAAUCUCAGGCUGGAAAACGGAAACUAGCUGUUACUUUCAGCGUACCAGAUUCCGUUCUACCCCUUCUUCCUCAAUCGAUGGCCGUGAUUUCUCGACGCUCCCUUACGACGUACUGACGAGGAUUGCGGCGACGUUCACGCUCCCCACGCUUCGAGCGGCGUCGCUUGUGUGCAAGUCGUGGAGCGAGGCGCUUCGGCCGCUGAGGGAGGCCAUGCUGUUGGUUCUAUGGGGAAAGCGGUUCAAGCACGGUCGGCCAGGGGUGCAACUCAAUUUGGAGAAGGCUCUGGAUUGUUUCUUGAAAGGUGCUGCGCGUGGCUCCACACUUGCGAUGGUCGAUGCCGGGCUUCUCUACUGGGAGAAGGGCAAAAGGGAAGAGGCUGUUGCUCUUUACAUGAGAGCUGCCGAGCUUGGUGACCCUACAGGCCAAUGCAAUUUGGGAAUUUCAUUUUUGCAAGCGAAACCACAAAAUGCAAAAGAAGCUGUAAAAUGGUUACAUCAGGCUUCUCUUGCUGGACACGUUCGUGCUCAGUACCAGCUUGCACUUUGCCUGCAUCGAGGCAUUGGGGUGCACUGCAAUUUACAGGAAGCUGCUAGGUGGUAUCUUAAAGCGGCUGAAGGUGGAUAUGUGCGGGCAAUGUACAAUACUUCCCUCUGCUUUUCAUUUGGGGAGGGUUUUCCCCGCAGUCAUAGAAAAGCAAGGAAAUGGAUGAAGCAGGCAGCUGAUCAUGGUCAUAGCAAAGCUCAAUUUGAACAUGGACUUGCCCUGUUCUCGGAAAGGGAUAUGAUGAAAGCGGUAGUUUACCUAGAACUUGCUACUCGUGCUGGCGAAUCAGCAGCAAACCAUGUAAAAAAUGUCGUUCUCCAACGACUAUCAACAAAUUCACGGGAUCAUGCUAUGUUUCUUGCUGACAGUUGGAAAGCUUUGCCUUCAUCUCGCUGAGAAUUGUAUGUUUACAUAUAUGUAGUUACUAAAUCUUCACAUGUACUUCUUAAUAAUACAUUUUCCAUUCUCUAGUCAUUGUUGUUUUUGUUUUUGUUCAAGCGAUCUUCUCUUUUGACAAGUGAUCCUUGUGAAUGUAUAUUUGAUAUCACCUUUUAUUUUGAUUUCAGU